AAUCUCCGUUUCCAUUUGCCAUUUGACGAGCUUAUUGAGAUUGAGAUUUCGCGAGUUGAUUUCUUGUGCUUUUUCUAGAAGAAACCCAAACUUGCUCUGAGCUCUGAUCCAAAGAUGUCUGUCUUUGAGGAUUCCUUCGUUAUACUCGGAGAUGAUGCGUCUGAAUCGGUUCCAGUCUCAGCCUCCUUUGACAACACCACUGACAACUCCUUCUCAGCCUACGAAGGCUCAGUCCCAGUCGAUGACUCCAUCGAUGAUGUGUUUGCGGCGCCGUCUUCGGACUACGGCGGUUACUCGAACGGAGACGGCGUCUUCGGAUCCAACGGUGGACACGACGGUCCUAUCUUGCCACCCCCGUCGGAAAUGGAAUCUGAUGAGGGAUACGCUCUUAGAGAAUGGAGAAGACAAAAUGCAAUUCAACUUGAGGAGAAGGAGAAGAAAGAAAAGGAAGUGCGGAACCAAAUAAUUGAGGAAGCAAAUCAAUUCAAAGAGGAUUUCCAUAAGAAGAGGGAAUUAACUUGUGAAAACAACAAAGCUGCUAACAGGGAGAAGGAAAAGCUCUUUGUGGAGACCCAAGAGAAGUUCUAUGCGGAAGCCAGCAAGAACUACUGGAAGGCAAUAGCAGAGCUAGUUCCCAAAGAGGUUCCAACAAUAGAGAAAAGAAGAGGGAAGAAAGAGCAAGACCCUAAGAAGCCAUCAAUCUCUGUGAUUCAAGGUCCAAAGCCCGGUAAGCCAACCGAUCUUGCAAGAAUGAGACAGAUUCUGCUGAAGCUCAAACAGAAUCCGCCUUCUCACCUGAAACUCGCUCCUCAACCUCCAUCAGAGGCGGCGGCUACUCCUCCUCCAAAGAAUGUUCCCGAAACCAAGCCCACCGAGGCGGUUGCUACUGCUUAAGAGACCCUCUUUGGUUUCUUAUUCAUUGCUUAGUUCUGUGUGAUUCGGUCUUUUGCCUUUCAUUUGGUGUGUUAUAUACUGCUGAGAUUUGUAAGGGAUCAUCUGUGUUAUUAUUAACAUAAUUAUGUCGUAUCGGAUGAUAUUUGAUGACAUUCAUGUUUAAAUUUCAA